ACCUCGUUCGCUCGUAACUCGCUCCGCUUCCUGGGCAGCCAUGUCUGACAAGCCCGAUAUGGCUGAGAUUGAGAAAUCCGGUAAGUCGAAACUGAAGAAAACAGAAACGAAAGAGAAAAAUCCACUGCCUUCACAAGAAACGAUUGAACAGGAGAAGCAAGCAGGCGAGUCGUAAUGAGGCGUGCGCCGCCAAUAUGCACUGUACAUUCCACGAGCAUUGCCUUCUUAUUUUACUUCUUUCAGCUGUUUAACUUUGUAAGAUGCAGAGAGGUCGGAUCAAGUUUAAAUGACUGUGCUGCCCCUUUUCACAUCAAAGAAUGGAGAACUACUGACAACGAAGCCCGCGCCUGCCUCCCAUCCGCCUGUCUGGCUGGCAGGGAAGGAAAAGAACUUGCAUGUUGGUGAAGGAGGAGGCUGGGUGGGACGACAAUGAAAUCUAGAGUAAAGAGCAAGUUGGUCCAAGGUGUCCUGCGGGCUGUAAAAUGCAGUUUAAUCAGAGUGCCAUUUUUUUGUUG